AUGAGUACGUCUACUGAUACUGAAACAAAAUCUGGCCAAAAUGUUCGAGUUUGGAUGGAUGGUUGCUAUGACAUGGUCCAUUUCGGCCACGCAAAUGCUUGCAGACAAGCAAAACAAAUGGGUACCUAUUUAAUAGUUGGUGUUCAUUCCGAUGAGGAAAUAACUAAACACAAAGGUCCUCCGGUAUUUACAGAACAGGAACGAUAUAAAAUGGUUCGUGCUAUUAAAUGGGUCGAUCAAGUUGUAGAAAAUGCUCCAUACGUUACAACGCUUGAAACCUUGGAAGAAUAUGAUUGUGCAUUUUGCGUGCAUGGCGACGAUAUUACUGUUACAGCUGAUGGUGUCGAUACAUAUCACAUUGUCAAAGCUGCCGGUCGAUAUCGAGAAUGUAAACGCACACAAGGUGUUUCAACAACGGAUCUUGUUGGAAGAAUGUUAUUGGUUACAAAAACUCAUCAUGAGCCUGAUGAUAUGUUACCAGAUGCAGAGAAUACACGUCGAAUGAGUUUAUGUAAAGAAAGUGUUAGUCCAUGGACAGGCGCUUCACAAUUUCUAGCAACAACUAAUAAAAUUAUACAAUUUUCUAAUGCUCGGGAACCUAAGCCUGGUGAUAAAGUUAUUUAUACUGCUGGAGCUUUUGAUUUAUUUCAUGUUGGUCAUGUUGAUUUUCUUCGGAAAGUUAAAGCAUUAGGUGACUAUCUUAUUGUUGGUCUACAUGGCGAUCGAAUUGUUAAUCGAUAUAAAGGAAGUAAUCAUCCAAUUAUGAAUAUUCAUGAACGUGUGUUAAGUGUGUUGGCUUGUCGAUAUGUUGACGAAGUUGUUAUUGCUGCACCUUAUUCUGUUUCAAUGGAUUUAAUUAAUCAUUUCAAAGUAUCGCUUGUUAUUCACGGUCAAACGACAUAUGAACCUGAUGUUGAUAAAAGCGACCCAUAUGAUGUACCUAAAACGCUUGGCAUAUUUCAACGAGUCGAUAGUGAAAACCCUAUGACGACACAAGAUAUUAUUACGCGCAUCAUUGGAAAUCGAUUGGAAUAUGAAAAGCGAAAUAAGAAGAAAGAAGCCAAAGAAGCAGCUGCGUAUGAAGCGUUUCAAAAGUUAAAAGCUGAAAACCGUAACGAAUCAACAGCUGUGAACAUCGAACAAAAAUAA